AUGGCGCAUAAACGCGUCGAAGGGGCAGCGUUAGUAACAGGCGCAGGCUCAGGGAUUGGACACGCAGUAUGCGUCGCCCUCUCUGUUUCCGGCGUGAAUACGCUUUACACCACCGAUAUCAACGCGUCCGGCCUCGAAGCCACCGAAACCGCCAUCCUGAACCUCAAACUACCCUCCCCACCUACAAUCAAGUCUAUACCCGGCGAUAUAGCCUCACCCGAAUUCAUCACCGAGCUCUUCAGCCAAAUAUCAUUCCUCGAUUACGCGAUAAAUUGCGCAGGCGUGCUAGGGGAGAACAAGCCAACCGCAGAAGUCAGCCUGGGGGAAUUCGACAGGCUAAACAGCAUCAACUAUCGUGGGCUGUGGAUGUGUGUCAAGGAAGAAUUGAAGCUGAUGCUCAAGAACGAUCUACGGCCGUACCCUAGCUUCACGCUGUCGGAACAAGAGGCACGCAUACGUGGGCAGCGCGGCUCCAUAGUCAACAUCGCCUCGCAGCUGGGCAUUGUGGGCAAGACCCAAGCUUCGAUCUACACUGCUUCAAAGGCUGCUGUCCUGUCCAUGACACGCUCCGAUGCGAUCGAUUAUAGCAAGCCACCGCAUCAUAUCAGAAUCAAUUCGGUAUGCCCUGGAAUCAUUGCUACGCCAAUGACGAGUGACGAGAAUGGUGAGGUGAGUGAGCGGCUGAAGAACGCGAUCAACAUCGCGCCUAUGGAAAGAAUGGGGCUGCCGAGUGAAAUCGCGGAUACGGCGGUGUUUUUAUGCUCUGGUGAGAGUAGCUUCAUUACAGGGCAUGGAUUAGUGGCUGACGGUGGGUAUGUGAUUAACUAA